AUUAAAACUUCCCUUUUUGCUAUAUAUUUAUUUUUGAUUCAAGUGCAUUAUCCAAUUGGACAUAUACAGAAAAUCCAUCAAUUGCAGUAUUGAUUGUUUUAUUUUCCCUUUUAAUUGUUAUAUAUCUUAUGAACUUGUUAAUUGGAUUACUCAGCAAUGCAAUUGAAGAAGAUAAUAAUAGAGUCUCAUAUUUGAUGCCGAAGGCAGAGAUUUUGGCUGAGAUUGAGUUAUUUUACCUAUUAUGGUUUCCUGAAGUAAUAUAUUAUUAUGCCGAUGUUGAUAAGACUCGAAUAGAAAUUAAAAGAUUGAUUAAAGAGGGUGAAUGGGAUACAAAGGAAUUCACAGAAUUACGGGAAGAUUUAUUUGAAAAACUUCAAAUUAAAUAUAACACUAUUGACAAUGAGGUAAUAUUUGAUAAAUUAAAAUCUUAUGAUAAGAAAUUUGAUAUGUUAGAAGGGAAAUUAGGGAAAUUAGAGAAAUUAUUAGAAGAAAAACAUGAAAAAUAAAAUAUUAUGUUAGUUUUAUAAUUUGAUCACUGGAAUUAU